CGGCGCUUCGCCGAUUUGGUUGGGAAAGUGCGGUGGAGAGGCUCCGUCACAAUUUAGCCUUUCAAUGGCUCAAUACUGAAGGCUGAUUUGGCUACCUUAACUUACUUGUGCCGGGGCAGAUGAGGGGUACACACACCUGCUGGUCGGUGUAUGACGGCGGCUGAAUGGGCUGAGAUGAGACUUGGCUUUAUAAUAAUACCAAUAAAUCCGGCGAGUAGUCGGUUGAUGGGUUUACAUCUCUCUACCUGCGCUAUCAACCAUCAUCAUCAUGGAUUGGGAACCUCUCUCCUCGUGGCUCUUUUGCCUCGCUAGCCUCAUACUCUGUCUCUCCGAAAUAUACUUCGCGAUAAGGUCUUCAAAAGGAUCCAGCUUCCUCUCUCUCCCCAUGGUUACACUGUCCAAGUGCCACCAAAUCCUCGACGACUUUUACAAUGGCAAAUUCUACCGUCCCUGGGCCCCAGAGCCCAUCCUGGUCGAACCCACGAAGAAAAAGAUGACAGAGCUGAGCGAGGCACCGGUGCUCUCGCAGCGUGCCGUCUACGCCGAUAUGUUCAGCUUCAAACACACGAUCAAGGUCGCUCAUCAGUAUGAGAUCAAAACCAUGCGAACGCGAUCGCGGCUCUAUUCGCUGAUCCUAAAUGUACGCGGCCCUGCCCAGCUGGCCAAGUUGCACCCGUAUAUCCAAAAUCGGUUGGAGCGCUUCCUGGACAACGAGCUAUCGCCGGUCCGGGUAGAACCAGAUGGCUCCUUGUGUUUGCCGCUCGCACAGACAUGUCGUGUCAUGGCUUCGCGGAUGAUGGGCGUGAUUUUCUUUGGGGAGGAGCUGAUGUCCGAUCCUGCCUUCAGCAAGGCUGUAUAUGAUCACCCACAGCAGACCGUCAGAUGUAUGGCGCUCUUCCAACUGAUGCCGCGUGUUAUGUCCCCGCUCAUCCACUCCAUCGUAACCCGCCACGACGCAGCCAUGAAGCUAAUUCUAAGGCGCCUUAUUCCCGUCAUCGACAGCGAAACGAAGAAUUGGUCCGAGCCGGCCGGUUUAAAAGAGCUCACCCUCUUAGACAUCUUCACCAAAGAAACCCAUCCCACCCGCGACUACUGGACCCCCGAGACCCUCAUCCAAGCCCUAAUGGGCCUUCUCUUAGCAGCCUCGCACCAGCCAUGGGUCAAUCUAUACAUAUUCCUCUACCGACUCUGUGAAAACCCAGAGUGGCAGGACAUCUUACGAGAGGAGAUCCGCGCGGCGAAGACAACCCAGCCCCUUGACUACCACCGGUUGGACCAACUACCUCUCCUGGAUAGCUUCAUGCGGGAAACUGCGCGCUUGGUAUCAUUGGAUAAACUGAAUAUCCGUCGCAAGGCCCUGCAGGACUACACCUUCUCUGACAGAUCACCCCAUGUCCCAGCCGGAGCUACCGUCUGCGUGUCCUCUUACGAUGCAUCUCACAAUGCAGCCACGUACCCAGACCCGGAGGCUUUUGAUGGUCGUCGCUUCGUGGACGGGAAUCAUAACGAUUCUACGCAUCAGUACUCCGAUGUAUCCGAGCACUAUUUGAUUUGGGGAUAUGGGUCACUGGCAUGCCCCGGUCGCUUUCACGCCACCUUCGUGUUGAAACUGGCCUUGAUUAACCUCCUCCUACGGUACGAUAUCCGGCUGGACGACCCAAAGAUGCGCAGUCAUUGGAUGUAUGAAGCGUUCAGCAUGCCGUACGAGUCCACCAAAGUAGUACUCACACCACGAGGGACGGCGUAGAAGGAAGAACUGGAAUUCGCUUACCUGUGCAAGUUAAGCUAUAUCUUUUUUUCGGGCAUUCUUUUCGACUGCAUUUCGGCUUCUAGCAGACAAUUUUCAUGAUCUAUUUAUGUACGGGAAAACGAAUAAUUACGAUGGUACUUCAAUACAUUUUAUGCAGAAUUAUCCUAGCG